GGGGGAGACGGGCGUGGCUCGGCCCCUUCGCUGCUCCGCUCCCGAGAGCUGCCCCCGGGCCCCCCGCCGGGCGGGGAGAGGGUGAGUCGGCGGCUCCCGGCCUCCGUGUCAGAGCGGGGGGGAGCGCGGGGGGAGAAGAGAAGAAAAAGCAAACCAAACCCUCUUGUGGUGAAGUUACUUCGCAGUUACUCACCUCGCCGACAAGCUGCUGCGGAGAUGAGGACGCACCGCUGUCUGGGAGGACGGGACAGACGCCCGCCCGGCAAAUUUGUCAUCCCGCUGAUGAAUAAGCGCAGAUAGGAGGGCUUGGUUAUGGACCCGUGUGCAAGUCCACUGGAAAAGGCAGCUGCAACAACGCAAUAGCCACCAGCAGUCCCAUGACAGUUCAACAGAUGGGACCUGUUUCACCCCCUGCUAAUCAGGUUUCAACAGCAUGCAACCAGAUCAGCCCUAGUUUACAGAGGUCUAUGGAUGCUUCCAGCCUGAGUGCUUCUCCAUCAGAUACAAGGUCAUUCUUGUCACGUGAAUCUCUGGCCUCUACGACAUUAAACUUGUCAGAAAGUCAUUCUGCUUUGACCAUUAAGAAAGAGUGGUCACAUGGGUACAAGACACUUCCUUCUGUUCCUCCUGAACAAGAUUUACAAAAUGACAGUGAGCUGGGGGACUUACUAAAUUUUUCACCUGGAACAUCUGAGUCCAGCAACUGCAUCUAUAACUCGUUACCGUCCUACUUGCUUGGCAUGGAGAAUAACCAUUCCCCUUACUCUAGUCCUUGCCAUUCUUCAGCCCGGUCUCAAUCAGCCCGCUCCAAAAAGAGAGCCGUCUCUCUGUCUCCUCUGUCUGACGGCAUUGGGAUCGACUUCAAUACAAUCAUCCGUACAUCCCCAACCUCUCUGGUGGCCUACAUCAACAGCUCCAGGACAUCACCAGCAAGUAUCUCCCCACAGCCUGAGGUCUAUGGGCAUUUUUUGGGAGUGAGAGGAAGUUGUAUACCCCAAAAUUGCUCUGUUCCAGCUGCCCAGAAGGGCUUUCUCAUGGCUAAUGGCAACGUCACCUUCCCGGGGUACGCUGAGAACGGGGCGGGCGAGUACCAGCGCAUGCAGCAGCUGGAGGAAGCCAGCCUGCAGAUGGCCAGCACACCUAACAUGGUGAUCCAGCAGGGCCUGCCUCCUGCGGACAACCAGCUGCUGGGUGUCCUGAAAAACGAACGGCUGGGUGACUUCUCAGGCCGUAUGGUUGACGUGCCUCCUCCACCCCUACUGCCGCCACCUCCCCCACAAGGGCCACCCCCACCAUACCACGCUCACCAGCACCGGCACCCACACAGCCUCCCCGGUCGCGUUCACCCUGUGCCCGUACCUCCGUCUGCCCCUGGCUCCCUGCUGGAUGAAGACGGUGAGCUGGAUGAUUUCAGUGGCAAGCAUGGCUGUCACUGGGUUGACUGCGGCGUGCUGUACGACCAGCGAGAGGAACUUGUGCGGCACAUAGAGAAGAUCCAUAUAGACCAGAGGAAGGGAGAGGACUUCACUUGCUUCUGGGCAGGCUGCCCACGAAGGUACAAACCAUUUAAUGCCCGUUAUAAACUGCUGAUUCACAUGAGAGUCCACUCAGGAGAGAAGCCCAACAAAUGCACAUUUGAGGGUUGCAAGAAAGCCUUUUCCAGACUAGAAAAUCUCAAGAUUCACUUAAGGAGCCAUACGGGUGAAAAGCCGUACCUUUGUCAGCACCCUGGCUGCCAGAAAGCAUUCAGCAACUCCAGCGACCGCGCCAAGCACCAGAGGACACACUUGGACACUAAACCUUAUGCAUGUCAGAUUCCAGGAUGUACUAAGAGAUACACAGAUCCAAGUUCCCUGAGAAAGCAUGUGAAAGCCCAUUCUUCCAAAGACCAGCAAGUCAGGAAAAAGUUGCGAUCGAGCUCAGAGCUUGGCCAGGACCUCCUGAAUGACUGCCUCGCAAUCCAGCCCCUCCAGCUGCCCUCGUCACCGCAUGACGCUGCAGAUAACACCGUGGGACGCUCCCCAGGGCCUGCUCAUGAUAUCUACCCAGCAGCCGUGUUCCCCAGCACACAGACAAGUCGAAGUGGAACAGGAGCUGGGGCAGUGUCAUUGUCCCACCCCAGCAGCCACCCCUCCCCAGGACAGCACGUACAGGGUAGUCCUCUCCAUCCUCCCCCCCAGUUACCUCUUCUCUCAGCUGCGGACUCAGAGAGGUUUGUUGCUCCAGCUCUUUCUCCUCACCACAUCAGCCCCCAGAGAAUUUCAGUUCCGCAUCCCACUAUGCAGAGACAGACUCCACAACCUCCCCACCUUCAACAAUCUGCAGGAAUGUCUCUAAAGACAUACCAGCCAGCAGCAAACCCUUCUUGUCAACCAAACAGCCUCCACAUCCAAGGCUUUUAUGGGCAGCUUCAGACUUUCUGCCCUCCACAUUAUGCUGACACUCAGAAGAACGUACAACAUGGCACUUCUUGCGAUAUGGUUCCUCCUUUUGAAGACUCCUUAGUUCCCACAUCAGUGGGCCAGGCAGGGCUCGGCAUUUUCCACCGAACUUUCUCAGCUCAUUCUGGUGUUACAGUUUAUGACUUUCCAGCAGGGUCCACAGGUAUCUUUGGUGAUUCAGCUCGCAGCAUGCCAGAGGAUAGCAGUUUCCUACAAGUAAAUGCAGUGGAUCGUUGUUCUAGCCAGCUUUCUUCUGUCUACACUGAAGGAUAAAGUAAUGUAAAUCUACUUACAAGAACUUGAUUCUAUUUCAUCUUGCCCUUCAGGUACUUCUCUACGAAAUUUUUCUCUCCAUGAAACUGCCAUGUAUGUAUGGGGAUAUAGGUUGAUAUACAUACAUAAUGGAGAGGAAGAAAGCAAUCAACAAGCAUUCAUCAUGUAAUCAAGCAGUCAACUGAGAAGGAGAAUGUUUGGAGAAAGCAACCUUGCCAAAACCUUAGCAGUUCCUUCUUUUCAUCUGUGGCACAGCAACUCUACAUUUUUGUUCUUUCUUCUUUUUAAUUUCUCAAAGGGAAUUCACAGACUGCAUAACAAAACUGCUUGUUGGCUGUAAUCCUUUCAAGCCGAAUGGGUGGACUUAUUGAAGAACACAGCUUUAGAAAACUCCGUGUUUUGUUCUUUGGUUUUUUUGUUGGUUUUUUUGUUGGUUUUUUUGUUGGUUUUUUAGGAAAAUAAGGAAAACCAGAGCAUGCUACAAACAUUUCAAAGGCACACAGCUUUUUGCACAACCUGUUCGCAUGUGAUGCUUCCAAUGUUAAACACACACCAUCAUCAAAAAGGGAGAGAAAUUAGACAUAAUCCUGACACCACCCAUUGGAGGCUUGAGCCAAAUAUCUUUGGUACUGGAUUUCUCACCGGCCUCAGUUUAGAUGUCUUUUCCCUCCCUUGGUAUUUUAAGCCAUACAAUAUGGCCACUACUAUUUUUCCAAUAUUCCUUCAGCCCUAGUACUUUAUACAAUGAAUAAGAAGGGUUAAAUGCACUACCUGAGAAGGUACAUGGACUUUGUCUAUAUUUAGCACAGCUGCUAGAUAAAAAUAACUACGUUUUAACUUUCUGCUGAUUUUUAAUUAUAUCGUAGAGCUUUAUUGCUGUAUGUGCUAUAGUACUCUGUAGGAAGGUUUAAAAUACCUUGUAGAAAAUGCAUUCUUUCUUAAAUUCCACAGAUUCUUUUCAAAGCAAUCUGUACUAAUUUGAUUAAAUUUUUGUAGCCCUAACUUUUUUUGUUUCCAUAAUACAUUUUCAGGAAGAAGAGCUACUCUUAAGUUUGUUAUGUUCCCUUUGGUUAUUUAGAGAUGUAAAACUGAACUGGCUUGGUUGUUUCGAUUUUUCUGCUCCAUGUCAGGCUCUGGUCCUCCAGUUUAGUCCAGGAUGCAAGCAAAUGAGGUUGCCCUUUGUUAAAGCUACAAGAGUAUGAGCUAAAAACAGUAUUUUGCAGUGGAGAUGUGUCAUCACUGUGAUCCUAUGUACUUUGGGAGCAAUUCUUAUCUUAUGUAAGAGUGAAUUUUUAGGUUAUUAAACCCUAUUCAUCUGUUUUGUGGACUCCUUACUGUGUAGUGUGCAACUUAGUAUUCUCAUGACCCAAUUUAAUAAGGAGGACUAAAAUCCAAAGUUCAUUCUUACAGGCUAGACUAUAACUAUUCUUCUGAAAACACUCUUCUAGAAAGUUGAAUUUUUUAAAAGUGUUUAUCCAAUAAUUUUCUUAUCCCGAGAAGCUUUUGAGAGUUGUCGAAUGCAGUUUGGGUCAAAUUCAUAAUUUAAGUUGCCAUUAUGUUGCAUAGAUUAAUUUAUAUCCAGAUGUUUAUAAAGACUAGCAAUGUAUAUUAAUGAAGUAUAUUCUUAUAUACAGACAUAUGUGCUUAUAGAUUUAAUAGAUUUUUGUCCAAUAAAUGCAAAACAUAUAUGGAGAAAACAUGCACAUUAAUUACAAGAAGUAAUAUGGCUUAAAUACAGAUAAUUCUAUAGUAAAUUCUUCCCGCUUUUAUUCUGAUUCUCAUGUCACAAGUGAAUGUGACCCUCUGCUUCAGCUCACAGUGGUAGGUCUAGUAGUUACUGUGUGUGGUUUGCAUUGGGUUGAAUGACAUCAGGCUUGCCUACACAGCUAGACAUACAAAGGCAAAAAGACAAUCUGUUUACAUUAAUGUAUGAUACAGCCCAGUGCAUUGACAGUGGGUUUUGCUUUUUCAUAAAGCUUUAAUUUUUUGCCAUCUAAAAGCCCUGUCUGUAGUUACUGCACAUGCAUAAUUUGGUUCAGCAGGAGUUAUUAGGCACACUGAACACUUCAAUUUCAAAUGUGUAGAACAUUUUUCUUCCAACAAAGUCAGUAAGUGCAGGAUCAGGCCUGGUGUGUACAUAUGCAUGUGUAUGUACAUACAUGCUUUUGUCUAUAUGAAUCUUUCAGUGCUCUUUUAACCACAUGGUUGUCCAGAACAGUUGCUCUGUACAAAAUUGAAAUAUAGCUGUUGAAUUCAGAUCUGUACCACCUUGACUUUUAAAGCUUUUGAAUAUUUUUUCUAGUAUCUCAACAGGCAAGCUAUCCAGGAGAGGGGGUACUUAUACAUCAUCAAAGAUCCUGACCAAAGGAAAAGCAAGCCAACAGAAUUCAAAAAGGGUAUUCAUAAUUUGGAGGUUCAUCAGUUACAUCUGAAAAAGAAACGUGCUAGUCAUUAAUUCAUUCUUUAAUAUAUAUAACAUAUAUAUAUAUAUAUAUAUAUUUACAGCUUUCUAUGAGCCUUAAUCUUAAAAAAAAAAAGGAACUAGAGUACAGUCAAAUUAAGCACAUGAGAGUGGGCUACCAGUCUGUAAAAAGGUAUGCCUUUGUUUACUUCUGUAUCAAAGACUAAGAGGAUUCUUCAUUAUUAUUUCAUUAUGCUCUUUGGAGUCAGACUGUCUUUAGGGGAUCAACUUAUAUCACUGAUGGCGAUUGUAUAAAAAAGAACCAUUUUAUCUUAUGUAUUUUUGGAUACUUAAAUAUGGAAUUGUGUUUGUCACAUGUUAGAAUGAAAAAUGGUGCUUGUGAAAAUACAUAGCAUAAUGGCAGUUAGUGACUUAUAUGGAAAUACGUGUGCCUCAGUGAUUUUUGUGUUUUUAUUCUACUUGCUGGAUUAUUAACUUUCUAAAGGGACUCAUAUCUAAAAGAUGAAGUUAUUUUAGACUAUGGACAUUAAACAAUAUUCUAAUGAAAUUAUUUACAAUCAUUCUUUUAUACAAUUCUCUUUUUUUCAGACUCAAAUAAUCUAUUUAUAUCUGCAUUAGGAAUGGGUCUACACUGGAGUUUAAAAUAAAUUUUCAAGUGAGUGUAUGUGAGUGCAUGUGUGUAUUUGGAUCUCCCUAUGUAUGUGUAUACAUACAUACAUAUAGGCAUUAUGGUUUACUAAUACUGGAUGCUGAAGUAUUGCAGUAUUUAGGCCAUCUGUCACAUUGUAUCCUGUUUUCUACUCUAUUUGAAGAGGUGUGAUUGAGUAUGGAAAUUACAUUUUAACUGUUUAUUCCCUGUUUUCCCUGUGUAAUUUUAUAGCAGAUUUUGUUAAACAGCACUUUUUGUUGUUUGUAUGACAUUUGGUUGGUUGGUUGUAGGGUUUUUAAAAUUCUUUUUUAAUUUCCUAGGAACAGAUAAAAAGAAAAGACCACAAUUUAAAAUUAGCUGGAUGGGGGUUUAUUUAAGAAAUAAAUCCCUUUAUUCUGCACAGAAAGCAGCAUCUUGUGUAAUAUUUUUUUACACAGAGCACUUUGGUGAGGAAAGAAAGUGGGAAUAUGUUUUUCCUAGACAUGCAUAUUUAUACAUGCUUACAUAUACAGAUGCGAACUCAAUUUGUCAUACUGUACAUCUGGCCAAUAUUUUCUCUAAGGAUAUAUCUGUUGCACACCAUGAAAAAUAAAUUUUCAAAUGAAUUAGCUAUACUUUUUUCUGUACUAGUAUGUAUAAUUUUGUGAUUUGUUACAGUUAUUUUUCAUAUAAACAUAAGUUAUUUUUGUCCUAGUUCAUAAAAUUCUUUUUUUUUUUUUAUGUAAAAGGUAAAAUUGAAAGGUAUAUGUGCAUGCUGCAAAAUAAAACUGGAAAGUUGUAACUCAAUGACAUUGUAUUGUCAGGUGCCUUUAAAGAAUACUGCUCCAGCCAUUGUUCUGCACCAUAAAACUACUAGUAUUUGUAUGGAUUAGUAUAAUUAGAAACAGAAAUAGAAAAAAAAAUCUCAGAGAUUUCUUCUAAAAAACACUUUGUUCAGAAUUUUAAAUCUGGAUCUAAUUAUUGAUAUAUUGAACCUAGAGAUUUGUAGAGAUAAAUGAAUGCCUCAGUGUGGGUUUACACCCUGGGUGGAGACAAAAAUAAAAGAAGACCAUUUAUUUACAUCUA